UGGGUUUCUUCACGUAUCGGCCGAUGGAGCUUUUUCUUUGGUCAACUGCACAGCGAAGAGGCCGAAGUACGAAACCUCAGAGAGGAUGUUAGAGAGUUAGAGGAACAAGUGAAUGCUAAAGACGAGAUUAUUGCUGAACUGGAGAAGGCAAAGACUAGAAAAGGCGAGAAAUGGCACGCCUCGAGAGACGAUGCAGAAAAUUUGCGUGGUGAGGAUCUGCUGGUUGACUUGCGAGGAGAAGCGAGCGAUAGUCGGGAUAAGGGUAGAAUAUCAAAAGAGGAGAUACGGCGGCAGAAGAGGUAUGGGUGGCAAACGGCUGAUGACGGGCACGGAGCAACCACAUCAAUGUACAAAAAGUUCGAGGUCUCGGACAAAGUAUUACCUGGUAGCAGUAGCACUCCGCUCGCCAGUGAUGAGUCGUUCAAGAGUGUCGUUAACGAGGACAUGACGAGUCCGGAUAUGUUGCUUUGCACGACGGAUUCGGAGUGCUCAGUGGAGAGCUCUGAUGGAGAAGCCGCUGGGAAGUCUAGAAUGCGAGAUCACUUCAGGAAGUUAGUUAGUAACUCAGCGAAAAUACACAAGGCUGGCGACAGAAAGAGUCGGACGAGUUCAUCAAGCAGCUCUCCUCCAUCCAUCGCCAAGACGCUCCGAACAAAUAGAAGCCAGAAGAUAACUCUGACCUCAAGCGGCUAUAGCAGUCAGAAGGAUGGGUUUAAAAUAAUAAUAGACUCUGCAUUCAACGAGAAGAUGGGCCUCCUCGUGUUGCUGGGUUCACAGCAAGUGUAUUCCGGAACAAUCGAGCAGCGUUCAGAGAAAAGAAUUGUGCUGAAAAAUUCUCUCGUUGAAGGCAGCUUAGCCAAAAUCAUUCGCGUUGAGGCCACUCAACUUCGGCCCGAUUGUCUGUGUCGGACGUAUUUCAAUACGUUGGACGUACCUUCGAGAAGUGACGAAGCAGCAUCAUGUGAUUGAGGAACUACACGCAUCUGUCG